AUGACUACGAUCUUUGACGGUUACGAUGAGGAAUACCGUGCAUUGACCAGUGAUAUCUCUAAAAAGCUCAGUGAGGUCGCGUUGUACGAGGAUCAGAAAGACAAGAAAAAGUCAAGUAUUGUGCAUAUAGGCGAUCUGCUGACUCAAGCCACCCAGCUGAUCCAGCAGAUGGAGCUUGAGGUGAGGAGCCUUGAUAAAUCCACUCGACCUGAACUCUCGAAGAAAGUGGACCAAUACAAGAAGAGCUUGGCGUCGUUAUCAGCGGACCACAAGAAAAUUCGCGGAAAGGAAGAGCGAGAAGGAUUAUUUGGUGACCGUGAUGGCGUCGAGGCUUCGGCGGAGCACCGCAGUCGCAUGGCUGCUGUUACAACUAAGAUGAAGGGAACAACGGACAAACUGACAGCUGCACGAAAAGAAAUGUCAGACACCGAGGAAGUUGCGCUUGCCAUUAGCGACGAGCUAGGCAGAAAUCGUGAGAAGAUCAAAGCCACACAUGAAAAAGUGAAGGGAGUGAACGAGAUGGCUCGCCGUGGAGGAAAUAUUGUCGGUCGUAUGUCUGCUCGCGACAAGCGACAACGAAUAGCGUUGGCCAUUGCCGCGGGGUUCAUCAUUAUCGCAAUUUUGCUGCUGAUUUACUUUGGCAUGUUUAAGAAGAAGUAG